AACUAUGAGUACAAUGAUCAUGGUAGCUUCUUUGUGAAGGUGUACAUGGAAGGGAUUCCAAUUGGUAGAAAACUCAAUAUACUUGCUCAUCAAAGUUACCAUGAGUUAGUCAACACUCUUGAACACAUGUUUGACACCACCAUUCUAUGGGGGAAUGAGAUGGAUGAAGUGCAACCAGAAAGAUGUCAUGUGUUAACUUAUGAAGAUGAAGAAGGAGAUUUGGUCAUGGUUGGUGAUGUUCCUUGGGAGAUGUUUUUGUCCACUGUGAAGAGGUUGAAGAUCACAAGAGUUAACACAUAUGGAUGUUAGAAAUGUACUAUAGUCUAUAUGACAUUAGUGGUUUCAAAUUUUGUUCUCUUGUUAUAAUUAAUUAGUUAGUGAAGAAGUAUGCAGAAAAUAAUAGAUGUAAA